UUUAAGUUAAACAUUUUAAGAAACGACCAAAUAUGUUCCCAAAGUCGCUGUAGCAUUUUACACGUUGGGAAUGCCACGACCCCUGCCCCCCAAAUACCUCCGGAGAGGAGGGCUACGAGUGACACUUUACCGCCUUAGCAAGCCCGGAAAAAGGCAGAGAGGGAGGCCCGGCCGUGGGCACCGCACGUGCAAAGGCCCGGGGUGGGCAGAAGGCUCUCUGGGCGCAGGUGCGGCGAGGUGGCGGAGAGGGGCACCUCCUCCGGUUCGGCCGGGCGGGCCCUGAGGCAGGGCUGCGGGGAGGGGCUCCCCGGCGGCCCCGGAUGGGGCGGGGUUUGGACAGCAGACGGCGCUCCGUCGGUUCCCAAGGCAACCGGGUUCAACAGUUGGAGCCCGGCGGUUGUCUGGAGGCCUCCUGGUUCCCGCUUGCCGACAUGUGCACCGCCGAGGUGGACCGUCACGUCGCCCAGCGAUACCUGCUCAAGCGGCGGCUCGGAAAGGGGGCCUAUGGCAUUGUGUGGAAGGCAGUGGAUCGGAGGACUGGCGAGGUCGUGGCCAUCAAGAAAAUCUUUGAUGCCUUCAAGGAUAAGACAGAUGCCCAGGGGCUUCCUUCUUGCUCCACACCCACACUCGUGUUUCUGUCUCCUUCCAGCGGACGUUCCGGGAAAUCAUGCUUCUCCAGCCCCCUGCUCUUUCCCCAGGAAUUUGGGGACCAUCCCAACAUCGUCUGCCUCCUGGAUGUGAUCCCGGCAGAGAACAACAGGGACAUUUACCUGGUGUUUGAGUCUAUGGACACCGACCUGAAUGCCGUCAUCUGCAAAGGCACGCUGCUGAAGGACAUCCACAAGCGCUACAUCUUCUACCAGCUGCUGCGGGCCACCAAGUUCAUUCACUCAGGGCGGGUCAUCCACCGGGACCAGAAGCCAUCCAAUGUUCUCCUGAACGCCAGCUGUUUGGUGAAGCUCUGUGACUUUGGCCUGGCUCGCCCCCUCAGCGGCCUCCCUGAGGUGCCCGAGGGCCAUGCCCUGACGGAGUAUGUGGCCACGAGAUGGUACCGGGCUCCAGAGAUGUUGCUGUCUUCCAGCUGGUACACCCCCGGGGUGGACAUGUGGAGUCUGGGCUGCAUUCUGGGGGAGAUGCUGCGGGGGCGGCCCUUGUUCCCUGGCACGUCCACCCUCCACCAGCUGGAGCUCAUCCUGGAGGCCAUCCUGCCACCAUCCAAGGAGGACCUCCUGGCGCUCAGCUCUGGUUGCAACAUCUCAGUUCUGCAGCACCUGGGGUCCCGGCCCAGGCAGACACUAGAUGCCCUCCUGCCCCCCGACACCCCUCCAGACGCCCUGGACCUCCUCUCGAGACUCCUGGUGUUUGCCCCGCACAAGCGGCUCAGCGCAGCCCAGGCCCUGCAACACCCCUACGUGCAGAGGUUCCACUGCCCGGCCCGUGAGUGGACACUGGGCGGGGACGUGCGGCUCCCGGUGCAGGAAGGAACCCAGCUCUCAGCCGCCGAGUAUCGCCGCCUCCUCCAUCAGAUGAUCUUGGAGCGCAGGGGCCACGGCCGCUUCCCGAAGGAGACGGGUCUGGGGGACGGCUCCCCGACCCCCGAGCCGGAGGCCCAGCUGCCCUCGGGCUCGCCCGCGUUGAACCCCGGACGCCGGCCUCGGAAUAACCCCGGCCACGGCCCCGUGCACGGUGCGUGGUCUGGCGGCCGAUGUGUGGGGCCACCAACCGCCAGCAACGCCGGACUCCUGAUCCCCGGGGUUUGGUCUCCCGACCCCACAGACGCCCCCGGCGGAGCCGAGGACCCUCCCAAGCAGAACUCAGCCCCCCUGCACCAGCCUCCGCCCCCAGGAGGUUCUGGGAGAGGGGCGAGGCCCGGCGGGGCGACGUCAUCCUCGUGGGUGAAGCCCAGCGUGAGGGAGGCCUCGCCCUCCUUGAUCUCGCAGGCCGCCGCCCAGGUGGCCGUCCGGGCCCUGAUCCGGAGUGACCGGAACCCAGGCCGCGGUGCGAACGCGCCCGGCGCGCCACGGGUUCCUCCUAGACCUCCUGGAGCUGCCCGGCCCGGUCGGAGGAUGUUCGGGGCCUCGGCCGCGCAGGGGACCCAGGGGGCCGCGCGGGCCGCGCUGGGGGGCUACUCCCAAGCCUACGGGACCGUCUGCCUCUCGGCGCUGGGCUGCCUGCCCCUCCUCCCAGGACCUCGCGCCUGAGCUGCCCUGCGGGUCUUCAAGCGGACCUCCCCGGUGCCCAGCCCCGCGCCUCUCCCCCAGUCCCUAGGUUGCCCCUCCUCUGACAGGCUCCGGGGCCCAAGCCCCCGGUGCUCUCCACCUACCUUUUCCCCAAAGCAGCCUCUCCUGGCCACUUUUGAGCCCCAGAGCUUCUCCCGGUCUCUCUGGGGAACUCGCCCAGGUUCACACCCCAACCUCCAUCACUUCCUCCAAUAAAGUUCUGUCUCCCA